GGCCCUGGGGUUCCUUGUGCGCGCCCCCUCCCCGGCACCCGGCGCAGGCGCAGAGCGGUAACGGAGGGGGCGGUCGGGCGCGUUCUGUUGGCAGUAGCCGGUUCCUGUCAGCGGCGGCGGGUGGCAGUGCCCCGGUCCCGACGGCGAGCAGAGCUCUCCCGGUCUGGCCCGACCCGGCCCGAUUCGUGGCCCCGACGUGAGGAGCGCCGCUCUCUCGCCCGCCGGUGUCUCCCCUCCCCAGCCCGGGGCGGCGGAGGCAGCAGCGCCCCCCUCCCGGCCCGGCCCCCCCCUCCUCCCGCCGCUCCCCUCGCCCCUGCCGGGCCGCGGAGCUGCAAUGCCCUCGGACUUCAUCUCUCUCCUCAGCGCCGACCUCGACCUCGAGUCCCCCAAGUCCCUCUACUCCAAGGAAUCUGUCUAUGACCUUCUCCCAAAGGAGCUGCAGUUACCACCUUCCAGAGAAACAUCCGUAGCAUCCAUGAGCCAAACAAGUGGUGGCGAGGCAGGUUCGCCGCCUCCAGCUGUAGUUGCUGCUGAUGCUUCUUCAGCUCCUUCCUCUUCCUCCAUGGGCGGUGCUUGCAGCUCCUUUACCACCUCUUCCAGUCCUACCAUUUACUCUACCUCAGUCACCGACAGCAAGGCUAUGCAAGUGGAGAGCUGCUCCUCAGCCGUGGGGGUAAGUACCCGAGGGGUAAGUGACAAGCAGUUAACCAGUAACGCAGCCCAGCAGCAGCAGUCAACGCCGAAGAGACACACAGUCCUGUACAUCUCGCCACCACCCGAGGACUUGCUGGACAACAGUCGGAUGUCCUGCCAGGAUGAGGGCUGUGGAUUGGAGUCAGAACAGAGCUGCAGUAUGUGGAUGGAGGAUUCACCCUCCAACUUCAGUAACAUGAGUACCAGUUCCUACAAUGAUAACACUGAGGUGCCACGUAAAUCACGCAAACGAAACCCAAAGCAGAGGCCAGGGAUCAAACGUCGAGAUUGUGAAGAGUCCAACAUGGAUAUAUUUGAUGCCGACAGUGCCAAAGCGCCUCACUAUGUGCUUUCUCAGCUCAGCACGGACAGCAAAGGCAACUCAAAAGCAGGAAAUGGAGCAUCAGAGAACCAGAAGGGAACUGGAGGGAAGAAGACCCCAAUGUUGUGUGGUCAGUAUCCAACUAAGAGCGAGGGGAAGGAACUGAAGAUAGUGGUACAGCCAGAAACCCAGCACAGGGCUCGGUACCUGACAGAGGGCAGCCGAGGCUCCGUCAAAGACCGGACCCAGCAAGGCUUUCCGACUGUAAAGCUGGAAGGUCACAACGAGCCGGUGGUGCUGCAGGUAUUUGUGGGCAAUGACUCAGGCCGAGUGAAGCCACAUGGGUUCUACCAGGCCUGCAGAGUUACUGGGAGGAACACUACUCCCUGUAAAGAGGUGGAUAUAGAGGGGACCACUGUCAUUGAGGUCGGGCUGGACCCCAGCAACAAUAUGACACUCGCGGUUGAUUGUGUGGGAAUACUGAAGCUGAGAAACGCUGACGUUGAAGCUAGGAUAGGGAUUGCUGGCUCCAAGAAGAAAAGCACACGAGCUAGGCUGGUGUUCCGCGUUAACAUCACUCGCAAAGACGGCUCCACUUUGACUCUUCAGACACCUUCUUCCCCAAUUUUGUGCACUCAACCAGCAGGAGUUCCAGAGAUCCUAAAGAAAAGUCUGCACAGUUGCUCAGUGAAGGGUGAAGAGGAAGUUUUUCUGAUUGGCAAGAACUUUCUAAAGGGAACAAAAGUGAUUUUCCAAGAGAAUGUUUCGGAUGAGAAUUCUUGGAAGGCAGAAGCUGAAAUAGACAUGGAAUUAUUUCAUCAGAAUCACCUUAUUGUGAAGGUGCCACCAUAUCAUGACCAGCAAAUAACCUCAGCUGUUUCUGUGGGAAUUUAUGUGGUGACCAAUGCUGGAAGAUCACACGAUGUGCAACCAUUUACCUACACUCCAGAUACAUCUGGUACUCUGAAUGUUAAUGUGAAGAAGGAAAUCUCCAGCCCAGCCCAACAUUGUUCUUUUGAAGAGGCUAUAAAAGCAGUGAAGGCCACGGGCUGUAACCUGGAGAAAGUGAACAUUCUUCCUAGUGCCUUGAUAACUCCACUCAUGCCAAGCAGUAUGAUUAAGAGUGAAGAUGUGGCUCCAAUGGAAGUAAGUGCAGAAAAAAGAUCUCCCUCUGUCUUCAAGGCUUCAAAUGUGGUUGGACCAACUCAGCAAACAUUGGAAAACAGUAUGUCUGGCAUAUCAACUUCUGCUUCCCAUUUACCUUCUGAGAAUGAAAACCAGCAGCAAAUCCAGCCAAAGGUGUACACCCCUGAGACACUAACGACCAUCCAAACGCAGGACAUUUCCCAGCCUGGAAGCUUUUCAGCGGUCUCUACUCCAGGUCAGCUGCAGAACAGUGAUGCCUUACUGCAGCAAGCUGCACAGUUCCAGACAAGAGAUUCCCAAACCAGGGAAGUCCUGCAGUCGGAUGGCACAGUAGUCGCUUUGUCACAGCUAACCGAUGCGUCACAGCAGCAGCAGUCGACGCUCUCGGAACCAGCACAAGCGUUGCAGCAGCAGAUUUCAUCCAGUAUUUUCUCCUCGGCCAGCGGUGUGAGUCAGUUGCAGAACACCAUCCAGCAGCUGCAGGCUGGCAAUUUUCCGACCAACACUGCCACGGGCAGCAACAGGAAUGUCGACUUGGUGCAGCAGGUAUUGGAAGCUCAGCAGCAGUUGUCCUCUGUUCUCUUUUCUGGUUCAGACAGCAGCGAGGAUGUUCAAGAUCAGCUAAACGCAGAUAUCUUUCAGCAAGUUAGCCAGAUCCAGAGCAGUGUAAAUCCUGGGAUGUUUUCCUCCUCGGACACUGCUGUCCAUUCCAGACCAGAGAACCUUUUGCCUGGCCGAGCUGAAAACGUUCACUCGCAGCCUGAGAACGCAUUGUCCAACCAACAGCAGCAGCAACAGCAGCAGCAGCAGCAGGCGAUGGAGACUUCUGCAGCAAUGGUGAUAGGCAUCCAGCAGAACAUUUGCCAGGCUGCCACACAGAUGCAGUCCGACUUGUUCUCUUCAACAGCGUCAGGGAACGGAGCCCUCCAGCAGUCUCCUGUUUACCAGCAGGCUUCUCACAUAAUGAGUGGCUUAUCAGCCAGCGAAGACAUGCAGAUGCAGUGUGAGUUGUUCUCAUCAUCUCCUGGCGUUUCUGGAAGUGAGACUACUCCUGCAGCUCAGCAGCAGGUCUCCAACAAUGGACCUGCUAUGUUUCAGGCGUCAAAUUCUGCAGAUGGAGAAGAGGGUUCAGGACAGAGUAAGCAGAUGCAAAGUACUGUAUUUCAGACCAUGGUUCAAAUGCAGCACAGUGGAGAAAGUCAAUCUCAAGUUAAUCUCUUCUCAUCUACCAAAAACAUGAUGACUGUCCAGGCAAGUGGAACUCAGCAGCAAGCAGGUGGGCUGUUUCAGCAAGGAGGAGAAAUGAUGUCCAUUCAGUCGGGAAGCUUUAUGCAGCAGUCUCCGCAUUCACAGGCUCAGCUCUUUCACUCUCAGAACCCGAUUGGCGAUACUCAGAAUAUAUCCCAGGAGACACAAGGCUCUCUUUUUCACAGUCCAAAUUCCAUUGUCCACAACCAGACCAGUACUAAUUCCUCAGACCAACUGCAGCCUCCCAUGUUCCACUCGCAGAACACCAUGGGCGUAUUACAGAGCUCCUCAGUUCCUCAAGACCAGCAAUCUGCCAACAUGUUCCUCUCCCAGAGCUCAAUGAGCAACCCUGCAACACAGGAAGAGCAGAUGUCAUUCUUCACGAGCCCAAAUUCCAUUUCUCCUCUUCAGACAGCAACAAACACUGAACAGCAGACUUCAUUCCAGCAGCAGACACAGAUCUCUCACAUGCAGAGUUCUAUGCUUCCCCAGGAACAGCCCCAGACACAGCCUGCUCAACAAGGCUUGUUUCAGUCCCAGGUGUCUUUAGGCUCCAUCCAGUCCAGUUCAAUCCCUCAGAACCAGCAAGGAGCAAUCUUCCAGCCUCAGCACUCGAUAGUCGCUAUUCAGAGUAGUCCUCCCUCUCAAGAGCAGCAGCAGCAGCAACAGCAGAACAUGAUAUUCAGUAACCAAAAUGCGAUGAGUACAAUUGCUUCUCAAAAGCAGAACAUGAUCUUCAAUCCAAAUCAAAACCCCGUUACCAAUCAGGAGCAGCAGGGUCAGUCCAUUUUUCAUCCACAGACCAACAUGGCAUCAAUGAACCAGGAGCAGCAGCCCAUGCAAUUCCAGAGUCAGACUACAGUGUCUUCUCUCCAAAAUCCUGGAUCCAGCCAGGCAGAAGCACAGCAGCCAGCCAUCUUCCAUAACUCACCCCAGAUUCAGUUGGUCCAAGGGUCACCAAGUUCUCAAGAGCAACAAGUCACCCUCUUCAUCUCCUCAGCUUCCAUGUCUGCCCUGCAGAACAGCAUGAGCCAGCAAGAGCUGCAGCAGUCUCCAAUGUACUCUUCUCAGAACAGCAUGGCAGGAAUGCAGGGAACUGCUUCUCCUCCACAGCAGCAGCCUUCUUUAUUUCACAACGCGGCAGGAGGUGCCAUCAACCAGUUGCAGAACUCUCCUGCUUCGUCUCAGCAAACAUCAGGAAUAUUCCUGUUUGGCAUCCAAAACAACUGUGGCCAGCUGUUAACAUCUGGACCGACUACACUGCCAGAUGAGUUGAUGGCCAUAAGUCAGCCAGGACAGCCCCAGAAUGAAGGGCAAGCUGCGGUGCCGGCGCUUCUCUCCCAGCAGAUAUCUGAGACUCCUCCACUACCCUCAGCUAUGGCAACCAACCAGAACAUGGAGAAGAUAGAUGAUCUGCUUGUGUCACUGCAAAACCAGGGGAACAACAUGGCUGGCUCCUUUUAAUUCGUCAAAAAUUCCAUGAAGAAAAAAAGCGAUGAUUUCCCAGAUCCUCUCAGACCUUCCUACUCUGGAUUAGGCUGUGUGGAACUGAUUGCUUCUGUCAAAAAGUGGCCCUCUUCUCUAAAGAGCACACCCGUGGCCAAUUGCAGUGUCUAGCACCUAAGGCUGUGACCAUAGUACUGGGAUUUGUAGUGCCAAUAAUGCUGAAGAGCUAUGCUUUGUUUUACUGGGGCGUGGGAUUGUCCUAUUACCAGAUUCCUGAUCCUCACUAGCAGUGAGGUGCUCUCUGAAUUUAAAGCAUACCUGGUCAGUUGUUAUUGUUGGUAGAAGGUAAUACACAUUACCAUGUUUACUUUUUUUCCCCUCCCCUUCCUUCUUCACAUCCCUUCUUUUGACUAGAAAAGCUUGUGAAGCCAGAAACAUCAAUGCCUGUGACAUGAGCCGUGACCCAUAGCUGUUAGUAUGUAGAGGGAGCAUGUUUUGCAGUCAAAUGGGAGAGCCAGUACUGUAGUUUGUUGUAGUAGGUGGCAAUAAAAAGUAUUGCUAACAGUUAAAAUAUUGAUAAUGGUUAGGAAGCAGCAGCAAAUCACUGGCUGCUGUGAGUGGCCAGAGCUGGCAGCUCCCCAGCUGAGAUGUGAUAACGGUUUCUGUGUUCCUUACAUGUAACUGUGCAGAGAGUGAGGGUUUGUGGCUCUAACCAAGUGAAGAAAUGAAGGGGAACUUUCAGUGAAAUUCUGCUCUUAAAAGCUUAGAACACCUUAGGCUUGAGAAGAGAAUUCUGCCUGGCUGAGGAAGAAUGUGUCUGGCUCAGAUUAGUGGGGGUUAGACCUCCAGAAAGCUGCAUUAGCCGUUCUCAAACCAGCCUUCACCCAGCCACCCUUGCCAUGGUUUCCCUUCUCUCUCCCUCAGUUUCAUACUGUGUUUUUAACAAAGAUGUAAGUAUCCUACUGGCUUUAAAGAGCAGAAGCAGCUUUAGGAAUCCUCAGCAUUCAAUUGUUUAGUCAGUAGAAGCUUUGACAUAUAUGGAUUAAGGAGAGAGGAAGCAAUUUCUCCACCACCUUCUAAAUGCAGGAAUCUCCCUUCUCCAGCUGUUACUGAUGUAAAUCUGCAGCUUGACUUUACUCCAAGUAGGGGGGCAAACGCCAUCGUUUCGAAGCGUUCUUGAAGAUUUCACUUCAUCCUGAGCUGUUGCAUCUUUGUAGCGCACUGAGCUCAUCGCAGUUUUGAAGUGAUGCUUUACUUUGACACCGACAGUCCCCAGGUCUCGUUUCUAGAUCUCGUCACGUCUCAAUCCAAACCCACAAUUGACUGAUGUUACCGAAUGUAAAACCAACCCACUCCAGCCCGUGCAGUUGUAUUGUGAGGCGUGUGGAUUUUUCGGGUGCUCCAACUCUCCAGAACAGUUCAGUGAUCUCUCACUACAGCCUCCUUCAGAUGUUUGUUGUUCCUCCUCCUGCCUGUAGGAAGCUGUUGGGGCGGGUCGAGCCCAGCAGCUCCGCGUGUGGCUGUUCAGCCCCGGUAGAGUCUAGCUGGCAUCACGUCCCUUGUCCUUUUUGUUAUUUGGAAUAACAAAGCCUAGUCUGUAAAUGGGUUUUAAGUUACUCUUGUCCGUUUACCGUGCGUUUUCUCCCCAGAACUCGUGUGCAUAGUUGAGCCGUGUAGAGUUUUCGUUUGAAUGGAUUCUCCUGUCUGUCCGUCACGACGUUCACUUUCUCUUUCUGUCUCUCUCUUUCUCUCUCUCAUUGAGAGGCAUUGAAUUACGUUUUCAGUAGUAAGGCUUCUUGCCGAUAUGAAGGGAACUUUUCAGAAAGAGACCUGCUCUGGGUCAUUUAAUUUUGAAUACAGUUUUCAAUCGUUCAAGUUUUGGAUGGUUUAUAUCUAAUGUGUGUUUCAUUUUUUUGGAAAGCUAUAUUUUGUAUUUAGGAAAUGGUAUAACUAUUUUGCUAUUUGUACUGAGUGAGUACAUUGGCAUAAAUAUAAAAAUUUAUAUAUAUACAUAUAUAUAAAAUAUUCUUUUUGCCACACAUUUUUGUGGUAAAUUUGUGAGUUUGUCUGAUGUUCUACCACAACGUGGCGUCUGAUAACAGUGGGGUGGGGUGGGGUUUGUUAUGUCUUUAUUGAGUAUUUAAGUACUUUUUUGCAACAUGAAUAACUCGUUCAUCUCUCGCCAUUCCAUCAGGCAGUUUGCUGUUCCAGCUGGCUAGGAGAAGCUUCGCUGUGUGCUUUGGUGUGUCUUGUCGCUCAGCAGCAGGACCUAGCGAGGAAGCCCUAGGCCUUUAGGGCUGUGCAAAGCGAUGGGGUCUCGUCCAGAAUGAGCCAUUCAGCUCCUAUCCACUAUCACUGUCUAUUUAAUAUUUUAUUGUUAGCACCUCUGUGUUUUAACUCUUUAAUUUAUAAUUACGCUGAGACCUUGAAAAUUUUUAAAUCAUGAUAGAAAGAAUUCCCUGCUUCAUCAUGUCCAGAGCUGCUUUAAUCCUGAACCAUGCUUUUUUUUUUUACUUUCUUUCUUUCUCCCUUCUGUGAUUUAAUAUAAUUUUCUUUUCCUGCUAAGACAAAAGAUUAACAAACUCCUCUUGUGGUUCAUGACACGAAAGCAGCAAUUGUGCAGCAUUGGCUCAAUGCUCCGUGUGUGCUAUGUAGAAGACUGAGAAUUAUGGACCGAACCAGCUUCCAGACAGGGUGGAAGUCAAUAGCCAGUUACUCAAACAUGAACUGGUGGUGUUUGCAGGAUCGCAGUCCCAGGACAAGCUGUCGGGUGUCAGCUGGGGGCCUUCAUACACAGAAGUAGUCAUAGGAAUGAUGAAGUCACUUGUGUGCUGCUUCGAUUUGUUCCCUUGUUCCCAAGGGUUGUAAUCCUCACGUUGAAGUGCUGUCAGUCAGUGCCAAGUCACCAGGGACCAAUUCUCCAUUCCCAAGAUGUGUGUCCAAGAAAAGAAUUUCAUACCAGGACUGCUACAGCUCCAGGGGAAGGGUAUGUUUGAUUUGUGUGCAUAUUUUAGGUCGCUUACGAAGCGAAGAAAAAAAAAAAAAGUAAAAAAAGGAGAAAAAAAAGGUAAUAAUUAAAAAAAAAAAAAAAAAGGGCUGUGCUGUCACAUUUUCCACUCCUGGGUAACACCUUCCUCGUGUUCAAUUUCUCUUGUUCAUUUUAGGUCAAUGUUUAAAUGUACAACACUUGGAACAUGUGAUUUGGUUACAAAAAGUAUUUGUCUUUGGAUGGAGAGAUUGCUCAGCGGUUGAUCAGUGCUUGAACAAGCCACAAGCAGCUGUUAGAGAGGAUCAAGAGAGGUUUGGUAAGCCAAUAAAAAGCUUAAAGACAGGCUGCAGGGUUUCAUGGCAGAAAGAGCUGAGCCACAGCUGGGUUUUACCAGAGGGCUGACCACCUCCUUUUCUGAUUUCAGCAGUUGAUACUGAUCACUGGAGCUUACUCAGCUUGGUUUGGUUUUCCUCCUCUGUUUACUCCUCCCCACGCUCACACCAAGUUGCCCAUCAGCCACCAGUAGAUACUUCCCUGAAGAGAUGAGGCAUUGGCAUCCUAUCAGGUCUGUUGUGGUUGAGAAAGUGAGAAAAUGCCGAGAUAGUAGACUUCCUAAAUUUAAACGUCCUGUUUGCUGCAGGGAGAUUAGACCAGAUGACCUUUGAAUGCCCUUCCCAGCCCAAACCACUCUGUGCUUCUGUGUUUCUGUUGUCUCCACACAGCAGCACCAGGUGAAAAUGAAAAACACUGGGAAGAGUUUCCCCAGAGAGGCACUUGAAUCCUCGUCCCUGGAGAUGUUUAAGAGACAGAGGGAGAUGUGGUGCUGAGGGACAUGGUUUAGCACCAGACUUAGUAGAGUUAGGUAAUGGCUGGAUUUGAUGAUCUGAAAGGUCUUUUCCAACCAAAAAAAGAUUCUGUGAUUCUCUAGACCAGAGAGCUGUGUUUGCUGGGAUGGAGCUUCCAUGUCUUGUUUUUAUUGACACUUGACAACUCUGACCCUUCAUGUUGAGUUUAGGGCUGUGCUCUUCAGCUCUGCCUGUCUCUGCCACCCCCCAUGUCCACUCUGCCCAGUAUUCCCAGUGCAGAGGGGUUAGAACUCAGCAGGUUAAAAUCUAGGGAGGCACUCAUGGUCACCCAUUGAGACUGUGCUCUUGUCUGCUUACACACCAUGCACGCAGAGAUAUUUACAGCUAUAGAUUUCAUACAGAUAACAUCCAACACAGUUAUUAGCUGAACCUGUCCUCUGGCAGGAAGUUACUGGUGCUUUGUGCCUGAUGAGCAAUCCAUGCUCUUGUUAUUAAUCACCUCUUGGCACUUCUGACCCUUCAGCAGUUACUCGAGCCAAAUGCUUUGCUAUUACUUUAGCAUAAAGAUAGAAGAAAAUCUCAGCCUUGCUGCUUCCAAGUGGAUGUUUAAACACCGAUAAUUUUAUCUUAAUCACUUCUAAUCACAGACAAGGUAGUUACUUACUUUGUAGUUUUUAGACUAAAGCACAGGCAGUUGAGUGUUCAUCACUCAGGGCACGCAUCUUACUGGGAAUACAAAGUCUGGGCAGCUCCAGCACUGCACAUCCCCCAAAUUUAGGUAAAUUUAACUUCUCUUGUGAUUUGGGGGUGGAUUCAGUAGAUCUAUGAAAGAAACAUAUUUACCUUAAGGAUAGUGAGACACUGGCCCAAGUUGCCCAGAAAGGUGAAGGAUGCCCUGUCCCUGGAACCAUUCCAGGUCAGGUUGUUUGGGGAUCUGAGCAACCUGCUCUAGUUGCAGAUCUUGCUGCUGACUGGAGGGUGUGGGAUUGACUAGAUGAGAGUCUUAAAGGUCCCUUCCCACCCAAAGCAGUCUGUGAUUCUGUGAUUUAGGAUAUUCUAAACAGAAAACUUGUCAGGACAGAUUUCCUACUCCUGUUCUCUUUCCAGAGUCUUCAGAAGGAACACCACACAAGUCAGGAGCCAGCAUUUGCCAUCAAAAAGAUUUUAAAUCACUGUUUGAACAGCAGAAAAGAUUUGGUAAGAAACAUAAUCAAACUCAGUUGUUACUGGAGUAGAAAAGCUGCUGUGGUUUCCCCAGGGGUAGGGGUGUGUGUGUGCAGGCCUGCAUGUGGACCUGCAUGCUUGCAGAAGCUGGAACAGAGUUUUAACUGUCAGCUCUGGACUCUCACAGCUCUGUGUGGCAAACUGCUGGUCACUUUUGCAGUAUGAUGAGAGGAGGAGGGGUCCAAGGGGUUAGGGACAUUUAUCUGAGUGGUAGAAGCAAGAACCAGGAGGAUGAGUUGCUUUGCAUGCUCUGAGCUGUAGGUGGAAGGUGAGAAGAGGAAAUAUUGGUCACUGCUGACUUCUCAGAAGGGCAACAUUUAUUUUCAGAGUGUUUUUUAUGUUCCAGAGGACAUAGCAGCUCUGUUACUUCAUAAGCUAAAAGGAAACAAGCCUUGAGAUGUUUUGGGAGUUCUGUUUCAGUCUGAAGUAGGCUUUUGGGGUAUCUUGUGAGCACUUUGUGUUCUCUUCAGACCAGUCAUGCCAGUUACAAAUACCAGUAGUGCCCUGAGCCCAUGCGCCUGCUACUGGCUGGAGGUUGAGUAUGGGAGUCACUGCCAGAAAUGUAGUAGAUGGUGUUUAGGUACAAGGAAAAAGUGCAGCAGCAGGUGAACACCUGUAAAAGUAAUUGUAAAGCUGUGUGCGGGGCUCUGUGGGUUCCACAGGAGGAGAGGCUUCUCUUCCCUUAGCCCAUGUAGGGGUGUAAAUAGGUAAUGCCUGUAUAUUGCAGGGAUAUAUAUAUAUAUAAUGUAUAUAGAGGACUCCUGUAGCUGUUGUGUAUACAGAGUAGACACAGAGUAUGGACAUAGUUACAUUUUUAUAAAGGUUACUUUUCCUUACUAGGAGGUUAUUUACCAGGCUCUGUAGUCACUCACUGGCAGUUCUAUGCCCCUCUCAGUACAGUACCCAUGGUGCUGUUGGCAGUGUCGCUUGGGAGCUCCUGGAGGUCACUGAUACCCAUGGGGUAGGAGCAGCCACUCACUUUGGUGGCUUUGUGCCUUUUAAUGGAUAGUGGCAGAUGUGAUUUUAGCCAAGUGGUUGAACUGGUUCCGGGUGGGAGGCCUGCCCGCGGGAUGGGCUUGGGAAGCGCAGCGGCAGCAGCGCCGGUUGUUGGCAUCAGCAUGUGCUCCCAGCUAGCUCCCCUCAAGGAAUUCCUGGCUCCAGAACCUUUUCCAUGCUCAGUGUCCCAGAGGUCUUGCAAUAGGGAGUGAUUGGUGCUGUGUUGCUCUCUUCCCAUGGGGGUUGUGAAAUUGUUCUUGCGUAGGAAAGCUGGGACCGUUUGGAUUGGGAAGGUGAAGCUUAAUCUGUCAUUGCUCUUCUGUCUGCUCCCAGAGAGGCAGGUGUCUUUGGUUUUUAAAUACUUUCCUUUACCAGCUUUGUACUGCAGCAGUCGCUGUUAAAAAAAACUCCUGGAAAGCUGAGGGGAGUUCUGCUUGGUUUCUAGCCACGAGGAACCUGCCCCAACUUGCACUGACAGAUUCCUUACAGGUCAUGUGAGAAAUUAGACUCUCUAAGGGAAAUCCAGAUUGCAACAGCAGCAGUGUGUAGUUUGCCCACCAUGACUUGUCAGGCCAAAUCUGGUGUAGUUUGAAAUGAGUGAUCCAUGGACAUCCUUGUCCUGCUACAGGCUGUAUCCAAGCUCCUCUGUCAGGUGGAAGCAAAUCUUAUUUCCUCUAUUUGAGUCCUCAGUGUGUGGGUCUGACCUUUGCUGCUUCCAGAGAUGGGUCACUGUUGCUGUUUUACACUUCAUGAAAUUGCCUCACCUCUAAAGUGGUGGGACAAGGGUGAGGAACUCCAGGAUUUCCCUCCUGCUGUGGGACAUUCACUAACACUCUGCAAGUGCUUGGUUCAGACACCAAAACUUUUAACAGCUCCCCAUCUGCCUUCCCUUCACUGUAAAAAGCAAACCAGCAGCCCUCCGAAAUGCACCAGCUGAGCACUUGCUCCAGGGUUCAGAUCGGCAAAGAGCUCUGGGUUCAGGUCAUCUAAGCGGCCUUUACCCCGACUUUGGAGCUGCCCUUUGGUGAACUGGGGAAGGUCCAUCUCGAGUCCCUUGUGCAGGUAAUUCCCUGCAUGUGGCUGUCCCAGGGUGAGGAUUAAGGUACCCAAGGAGUGCACCUUUUUGAAAGAGAGUAGCACUUGUGGGUGUUUAUGGUACUCGUGGGUGUUAGUGGCACUUCUGAGUGCUGCAGAACUGGGACCACAUUCCAGUGUCCUUAGCAGACCACAGCAUUCCCAAAGCUUUCUUUCUGGACACUAAUUGAAAUGAGGUAAUUUGAGAUUACAUUUGCACUCAUUCAUUAGCAGUGAGUAAGCUCCAAACCCUUCAGAGGAGAGCUUUCUGCCUCUUAUCCUGGCUGCAUCAUUGAGUUCAGACCUGCCUUUCUGCCACGAGUUCCUGGCAAGCACUGGUCAACUGCUGAGCUGCCUCUUCCCCUGUCCUGCAAUGUGAAAGUAGCACCAGAUACUCCUUUGUGCACUCUGUGUAUAUGGCUUUCGUAGUUGGGAUCUUCAGAGCACUGAUACCCGGUGUUUUCAGUUUGUUCCAUCAGGGGAUAUUUUAUUUGCAUCUAUGUUUUUAGCUAUCCUGUGAUAACUUGUUGAAUAUUAAAAAAUACCAAUAUUUUGCUUCUAUUGGGACAUUUGUAUACUCGCAACUAUAUUUCUGUAAACAGCUGCAGUCAAGAAUAAAACAAGGAAAGUUUUCAUUUUGCAGUGUAAA